AUGGUGGAUCUGCGCCCCAUUCCUGAUGCAGAGGCCAUGCCGCCGUCUCCGCCUGCUAGCGAAAUCAUCGACGAAGACGAGGACGAAGCCGAGUGUCGCGUGUGUCGCGGCGAGGCUGAACCUGACCGUCGUCUAUUCGCGCCGUGCAAGUGCAGCGGCAGCAUCCGCUUCACACACUCGGACUGUCUGGAGCAGUGGCUGGAGCACUCGGGCAAGAGCUUCUGCGAGCUAUGCGGCCAUGAAUUCACCUUCACGCCGCUAUACGACGCCAACGCGCCGGAUGUUCUGCCCUGGACGGAACUGCUGGGCACAGGACUACGCGUCGUGUUGCUUAAGUGGUUUCCCUUCGCUCUCCGCGCCGUGCUCGUGCUGGUACUGUGGCUUGCGGUGGCGCCAUGGUGCACUAGCUGGCUCUACCGCAUGUGGCUGCUACGCGCGUCGGCCAUGGUGAACGUCAACUUCUCGGAGCGCUUCGACGCGCCACACAUCGUGACCGACAUCUUCUCCGGCGUGAUCCUCAUCGUGUGCAUCGUCUUCUCCUUCUUAGCGUUAAUGUCCUUUGCAGACUUUCUGAGAUUCCACUUGGACCAUAUCGAGGAAGAGAUAGCGGCCGAAGAAGUGCCGCACCACCAUCAUCACCGUCAUGAUGUAGGGCAACACAUGCGACGCGCACAGUUUGGAGAAGGUAACCACAUUGAAGAGAACGAGCAAGGUGCCGAGCCUAGAAUACUCGAAGGACCCCGGAGAUUAGGGAACCUGGACGACAACGCUGACUCGGACUCGUCAGAUGAAGAAGAAUGGGCCGAUCGGAACCGCGACGAGCCAUUCGCCGACGCCUUUAUCCAACACCGCGAGUUUGGGCUUGUAGAAGACGCAGAUCCCGUCCCACAACCACAAGAUGAACUCCGCCAGCGACGACCGCUACGUGACGCACCGGAGAUGGAAGAAGAGCGUCGGAAUGUUGCUAAUGCACCGCCCAGAGGUGCUCACAACCGCGUGGAUCCGCCGAACAUGAACCAACGCGAGUGGGAAGACGACUUUGAGCAUAUGGAGAUCAACAUCGCGAUGGAUGAGCUGCUUGGACUACGUGGAGACUUUGUGGUUUUGUUCCGUAAUGUGUCGUGGCUGCUGGCAUUUAACGGAGCGUAUCUCGGUCUGUUCGCAUUCAUCCCGUACACUCUCGGUAGCACUUUACUGUCUGCUGGAGCCAGGAUUGCUGCCUCGUUGCCAAUUGCCUCGUCACUGGUCCCAAUUGAGUCUGCUACGGACGAAGAAUUGUCCAUUGGGAGCUUUUUCGUCAAGACUUUGCUGCAAUCUAUUGAAACAGCCAAGGAAAACGGCGACUGCUUGCAACUGGUGGACAUUUGCACGUGCACAAUGGGCUACCUGUCCAUUUGCAUGACGAUCGUCUUGUGGAGGUUUAUGGUGAGGACAGCGUCUUCGUACAUCCAUCGACCACUUAUGGACGGUCUGUUAUGGGCUCUACGCUGCCUCACGGCCAUGGUGAAGGUGUCGACGUUGCUCUUACUGAAGAUGGUGAUCCUGCCUAUUAUACUGGGACUGUGUAUCGACUUCGCGACACUCCACUUGUUCAUGGUGAGUGCUCAAGACCGCAUUGCGUUCUGUAUGCAGAACAUGAUUUGCGCGCUGAUGGUACACUGGGUAUUGGGUAUCACCUUCAUGCUCUUCGUGACGGUCUCUGUCUUGCAAAUGCGUGAAGUGGCCCACCCAGACAUCCUGGCUAAGGUGAUUCGGCCGCAAGAAGACCAUCCGGAUCUACUGCGCACGCUGCUGAGCGAGAGCUGCGUGAAGCACGCUCGUCGAAUGGUCUUGUCUCUUGUGAUCUAUGCGGCGCUGUUGCUGGUUCUCGGUCACGCUCCGGUGCGCAUCGCGAGCGUCCUGGUUCCGUCGUUCUUCCCGUUGACACUGCGUUUCCAACACGUUAGUCCGGAGAUUCAAGUGCCACUGGAACUUCUGGUUGUUCACCUCGUUGUAUUGAGCGUCUUGGAGCAUGCGAAGAACGACAUCGGGAGGUUCCAACACGUCGGGAUUGUGUUCGCAAGCGACCGGUUGGGACUGACGGAGUAUCUGUUGCCACAAACAGAGCUGGAGGUCGUUGUAAAUGGCCAACGCAAGUCGAAGAUUGUGGUGUUGCCUCCUCCUCCUCUUCACUUUCAUCCUCACGCGCAGAUCCCUCCCGAAGAGUUACGUGUUGAUGGCCACCGCUACUUGCCGUGGCCUGAGGACGGUCUGGACGAUCCACAGCCAGUUGAGUACCCGUUGCUCCCCCGAGAGAGACCGUCGCAUCUCUGGCUUCGACUUGCUGGACUCGCUGUCUUCACGUGGGCAGUUUGUGUCGUGGUGAUUGGGACUUUUGUCUUUGGCUCGUUGUUUAUCGGUCGGGUCUGCAUGGGUCCAUUCGAGCGUGUGUCUGGGAUCAGCCACGACCCACUCGUGAUGGCAGCUGGUGUCCAAAUUGUGUGGUACGUUGUGAACAGUAUUCACGCUCUCAACAUCCUGAUGCUUCCGGAAGACCGAGUGGACCCCUCUUUGAUCCAACGUGGCUACUCUGUCCGGAACAUGACGUUAGCUAACGCCGUGACUUGUAUCGUGGGCUGGGCCUUUGUGUGUCCGCUUCUACUGGGUCAGCUGAUGGCGUCGUGUGUCGCCAGUGCGAACGCGACCUCGGUGGAGAGUUUCCUGAUGGGCUACUUAGGGUUCAACCUGCUCGCGUGGCUGGUUUGCUGCUUCCGAGCGAGGCGCAAUCGACGUCGUAACCAGAGACAAGCUGCUCUUGAUGAGCUGGACGCUGACGAGGAUGGAUUCUUGGAUGUGGACAAUGAGGACGAGCUCUUCGAGGACGAACUAGAUGAUGAUGAGCUUGAAGAAGAGGAGCCACGACAUGAAGAGGGCGCUGUUGCUGCCACAGAGUCUGUGGGGUUUAUUGCUUGUUUCCGCAAGGCGUACCGUCAACUCCAGUUCAAUGUGAUGGUGCACGAGAACGAGGGUGUUCGUCUUCGUCGCGAUAAUAUCCGCGACAAGUGUUUCGACGUGGAGUUUUUCCAAGAAAACGUGCUGCAACCCAUCGCCGCGUUCCUUCUGGGGAUGCUGGUGGUGCCGUGGCUCCUGUCUGCCAUGGUGCUGCUGGUCUUUACGUAUGAAAAGGCCAACCUUGAGAAAACGGCCUUUGCCAUGUGCGCCUUCUGGGUGGGGGCAGUGUUUGUGCUGGUGCGCUCGCACUCGCAUGUGACUCGAUGGCUGUCGAAUCUGAGCGAGUCGAUCCGCAAUGAACGCUAUUUGAUCGGUCGUCAGCUUCAAGAUAUGGCACGGUAG